GCGCCAGUAGCUCUGGAGUUUUAUGUUAAUAAAUUUAUCGGUCGCCAUGUUUCAAACGGGAAAACACUUUUGGCCCUUCCGACCGAACAACCCACAGCAUCGCCGCCGAUUCGUUGUCAAGGUUUACCUACAGUUUGUGCUUUUUGUGAUGAUUGGUUUGUUUCACUGGGUCCUCAUGAUAACUGCACUGGACACCUGGACCGUUUGGCUUGUGCGCAACCAUUCUACAGCACUCCUUCUGGCAUUUGUGAUGGGCAUUUUCCUAUUUCUGCUAUUCUCGCUGAGCCGACAGAUGAGGAGCCUGUGCUUUUUGAACUGGCUAACGACUCUGGUUAUUGUGGAGUUUCUUGCCCAGCCAAUGGCGUUGCUAAUCGUGCGCACGGAUCUUCUGUUCUUGCUGGCUGGCUUUCUGAUCGUCACACUGGUAGUCGUCAUUUUCACGCUCCUGGCAGCCAUUAUGCCGUGUGACCUUACAGAGGGUGGGAUCUUCUUCUUAAUUCUGUUUAUGAGUGUCUUUGUGCUGAGCGUGUAUUGCAUUGUGAUGUUUCAAGUCAUCGGCUUAGACUGGUCUUUUUACAUCUUCUCUACCCUCUUUGCCGUUAUGGUGAUGGCCUUCCUAAUGUAUCAUGUGCAGUGCAUCAUGGGAGGCAGAAUCACCGAGGCCGAGCUCGCCGAUGACAAGUACGCGGCUCUUCUAUUGUUCUAUGAAUUCGUGGCUCUGUUUAUGCUAACCCUUUACUGGCGACCCAAGAUGGACCAUGUACCAACAAUGAGCACAUGGAACCCCUUGAAUUGGUCUCAUCUAAACAACUGAAUGCUAAAACCCACC